CGCCGGCCGGAAGACAGUGCAGGAAAUGAAACAUUAGGGUUUCAACAAAUCUUGGCCCUCUCCAAUGGCCCCUCAUGGCGCACCAGAGGCCUCCUCGCCGCGGCCGACCUGACAGGCCUUCAAAUCAGCAUUCCACCUCAACCCCCCUUACACCCGACCAUCGUCGAAGCCUUUACACAUUUCGGCGCUGAAGACAUUCCCUUCUCGAACCCCGCCCACGGCGCCAGCGUCGCUUGGCUCGCCCACCUCGACCUAAUCAAACACGCCAUACAAUCCGACCUCGAAACCGUGCUCAUCCUCGAAGACGACGUCGACUGGGACGUGGGCAUCCGGGCACAGAUGAAGCGCGUCUCCAGCGCCGUUCGCGAUCUCACACAUACCCCCGCGGAAGAUACCAGCGCACCCUACGGUCGUGCGUGGGACGUGCUCUGGAUCGGCCACUGCGGCGAGGCGUGGGAUCAGCGGUAUGAUACGGUGGUUUUUGAUGACCCCGAUGUGCCGCUCCAUGCGGACCAUCUUGGUUGGGUGAAGGGGUAUCAGGGCUAUGUGCCCUGGCUGGAGUAUCCCCGGCGCGGGGUGUAUCGAUCGCUAUGGCCUGUGUGCAGCUUUGCGUAUGCGCUGUCGCGGAACGGGAUGAAGAAAGUCCUCCAGUUGACUGGGGGUGGGCAGGGUCAUGCCUUUGACAUUAAAUUGGCGACUGAGUGCAGGAUGGCUACGCUGGAGUGCAUCUCGGUCGUGCCGGAGGUGAUGCAUCAGUAUUUCCCGGAUCCGGGAUUCGGAGCCCGGAGUCUGGUGGAUAUAGGGAAUGGACAGGGAACAGGGCCGGAAGGGAGUGGAUUUGAGGCCGUGAUGGGAACGACUGAGAAUAUCCUCAAUAGUGCACGAUGCCGGGCUCUAUGGGGGGACACUUGU